CGGAGGGGCGCAUGCGCAGAAGACGUGGCAGCUGGCGUAGAGACGGGGGCGCCGCCUGAGCUGGGUGUCGUUGUCGGUCAGGAUGGACGAGGAUAUUUUGACUACGCUGAAGAUCCUCAUAAUCGGCGAAAGCGGCGUGGGCAAGUCCAGCCUUUUGUUACGGUUUACAGAUAAUACAUUUGAUCCAGAACUUGCAGCAACAAUUGGGGUUGACUUCAAAGUGAAAACAAUCUCCGUUGAUGGAAAUAAGGCUAAGCUAGCAAUCUGGGACACUGCAGGUCAGGAGCGAUUCAGAACACUCACUCCCAGCUAUUACAGAGGAGCACAAGGAGUUAUAUUAGUUUACGACGUCACAAGAAGAGACACAUUUGCUAAACUAGACAAUUGGCUAACUGAAUUGGAAACAUACUGCACAAGAUACGAUAUAGUUAAAAUGCUAGUUGGAAACAAAAUAGAUAAGGAAAACAGAGAAGUUGACAGAAAUGAAGGUCUUAAGUUUGCCCGAAAACAUUCCAUGUUGUUUAUAGAGGCAAGUGCAAAAACAUGCGAUGGUGUACAAUGUGCUUUUGAAGAACUUGUUGAGAAAAUAAUUCAGACUCCCGGACUGUGGGAAAGUGAAAGCCAAAACAGAGGUGUAAAGUUAUCAAACAAUGAAGAGGGCUAUCGAGGUGCCUGUGGUGGCUAUUGUUCUGUGUUAUAAACUCUGUAGGAUUGUUCUUAUUUAAAGGGUGGAGAUGUCCUUUGUACAUAAACUCAUAUCUGCUAUUUUAGGGACCUUGCAGUUUGCACAUAUUUGUGUAGUAUGGCAGUGAACAUUUUCCUAGGAAAAUGUAUUCUGCAGCUUUUCUGGUUGAGAAAUGCUAUGGUAAGCAUGCCUAAAUUGCAAUGUUCUGGAUUUUUUUAUAUGUAGCAUCACAUUUUGUUAGGAACAUGCACACUCAGAUUUCAUAACUUUAUCAUGGAAAAUCUGCAAAAUCGUAUGUUGACUAUAUACUCUGACUGGUCUCCAACUCAAAUUACAGGACUGUAUCUCAAAUGAUGCAAGCAGAUAGAAUUAAAACUGAUACUUUUUAUUGGCAAAUACUUUUUCUUACCUGUUUAACAGCAUGAUGAUACAAUCUUUUUUUAGCUAUAAGCAACACCUUUUCUAGCUUGUAACUUGUCCUGGGUGCUUCUGAAAUACAAGGGAAGGGAAAGGAUAACUUUUAAAAUGAUCCCUGCAGUAAGUAGCCAUUGGAGUUUUAACCCUGAAAGGUAUGGAAUGGUACUUUGCACCACAAAGUUCAUGGUGCGAGUCUGCAGGAGAGUGCUUUUUGGUUAUGGGCUUCACAGGAUCCCACUGUAAAUCAGUUUGCCAAGUUUUGAAUGUUUCUGUGUGUUACUAUUGUAAUUUGGACUCAGUAACCCAAAACUAUUGCUCCUUGAUGUGUGAAAGGCUUGAAUUAAAUGGCUGCUAUAUUUGUGGCUAUUGGUUCUGAACCUUAACUGUUAAAAAUGUCUUCUGGAUGUGUGUGUCUGUAUAAGGAAUAUGCUUUGUUGAGGUUUUGCUGUAACAAUCAGCCAGUGGCUGGCUUGUUUCAGAGAACUUGUAUUCUUAAUAAAUUUUUUCCACAAUACUCUUUUUUCCCCCCCUAAUAUCUUGCUCAUGUAUAGAUGAAUUUUGUAAAUCACUAUUCAAGGACUGUUUCUGUAACAUGCUGUGCUGGUACCCUGUUACUAUUAGAAAUUAAUAAUCUAGUUGGCAGUUGGAACUACUGUGCAAUUUUUUGUAAAUACAGAAACAUCUUUAUAUUAUUAGUUUUUGUAUACUUUAGUGCUACAAACUAUUGUUGGUUUUUCAACAAGCAGACUGCUGUUGCCAUUUAAAUGCACUUCAUUUAAAAUAUUUAAGUUUUUACAGUUUUAGGAAACCACAGAACUUACUUGUAACCAAAAAUUGUAUUUAAAAUAACUCUGAAAAUGUUCAAAUGCACUGCAGUACACAUUAUAUAUUGCCAUUUUGUUUCCAGCACUUUUGCUGAGCAAAUUAUGGAUCAGCAAAGAUGGCCAUAUUUCUCUGUAAUGCAGGUAGGGCAGGAUGAAAUUUUAUUGUAGAAAAGUGUGUUUUUAACAUUGUAAUAAAGAUUUGUGAAGCAGGAACAUAUCCCAUUUAAA